UCGGUGGAGGAGGAGGAGAACGCCAGCGCCCAUCACCACCAACCGUGUCUGCCGUCUUGUUUUGUAGAUUCCCAACUUCUUCUAGAGCCUGGGGAUCGGUCACACUGGUGCGUGGUGGCAUACUGGGAGGAGAAGACGAGAGUGGGGAGGCUCUACUGUGUCCAGGAGCCCUCCCUGGAUAUCUUCUAUGAUCUACCUCAGGGGAAUGGCUUUUGCCUCGGACAGCUCAGUUCGGACAACAAGAGUCAGCUGGUGCAGAAGGUGCGGAGCAAAAUCGGCUGUGGCAUCCAGCUCACGCGGGAGGUGGACGGCGUGUGGGUGUACAACCGCAGCACGUACCCCAUCUUCAUCAAGUCGGCCACACUGGACAACCCGGACUCCAGGACGCUGCUGGUGCACAAAGUGUUCCCCGGCUUCUCCAUCAAGGCGUUUGACUACGAGAAAGCGUACAGCCUGCGGCGGCCCAACGACCACGAGUUCAUGCAGCAGCCGUGGACGGGCUUCACCGUGCAGAUCAGCUUCGUGAAGGGCUGGGGUCAGUGCUACACCCGCCAGUUCAUCAGCAGCUGCCCGUGCUGGCUGGAGGUCAUCUUCAACAGCCGGUAGCCCCGCGGGGGGACGAUGGGGCGGGAGCCGAGCCGGCCCAGCCCAAACUACUUUGCUGCUACUACGUUUCCUCCCGAGUGCUUGCUUUUCAUGCAGACUCCUUGGUCGUCGUGCGUUGUUGUUGUUGUUUUUCUCCCCGCCCCCCUUCUUGUUGUUCUUGUUUAUGUUCUGUUUUGUUCUUUGAGAAAUAGCUUAUGAAAAGAAUUGUCGGGGGGUUUUUUUUGGGGGGGGGUGGUGGUGGCGGGGUAUGGCUGGCAGAAGACCCCAGUAGGAAAAGCGGAAGCAAGAAUCCGUACCACCAAACAUACAAGGAUGGGGAGCAGGCCGUCACCUUGGGGUCCUCGAUUCCCUUGUCAGGGCGGAUGUGAGGGCGAGUGCGCGUGUGUUUCUUACGGGGCUGUCUCUGCGGGGAGGUCGGUGCUCCAGGCGCUGUCUCUCCUGCCCUUUGGACAUGCUCAGCGGGCAGAGGCAGUACCUGGGCAAGCUGGCAAGCCGGUAGCUGGGGUUCCAGCAGCUGCCAGAAGCCGGGCUCUGUCCCGCUCCCCCCACCCCGCUUCUCCCCGCCCCUUCUAGGACAGGGGCCUGUCUGCAGGCUUCUUAGAAGCAACGCUGCAAAGAGGCUGAACCAGAACCAGCUGUUCCAUGCUUGUCUUCCUCCCCGUCCAGCCACCCUGCUGUCCUUGUCGCGUCUUUCUUUUUUGGCCAUCUGCUCCUGGAUAUCUCUGAGAUGGGCUUCCCGAGGGCUGCCCGGCCUCCCCGGGGCAGUAUUGCCCACCCAGGGCCCCUCCCAAG